AAUUGAACUGGAAGGCCGCCGGUGCCUACUACGCUUCCUUCUUUACGCUGUCUGACGUUAGCAGCUUCUGCAGGGCGCUCUUUUUGUUUGUGGUUUCUGCCUCCAUUAUGUCGUCUGUUCAGAACCUCUUUUUGUCUAUCCUAGCUUUGCGGGGGCAAAACCUUUUUAAGGCGCAGUAGCGCGAAACGCAAACGAUGACGGCUAGCUGAGCCGUCGAGGAGAACCUUCUCGGGGCAUUGCUUGAGUGGUUCCUCGCAUGAAUCUUGGCAGCAGGCACGUCUCUGUUGUCAGCCGUACAUGCCUUUUGGAGUUUUUGCCCAUUUUUGUAGGGGAAUGUCUCUAGACCCAGGACAAAAGUUCGAUCGACGGCCGAAUAUGGCACCUUGCCCAUCUCGCAAGUGUGCCAGAACAAGUCGUGCACUGGGUCGAAGCAUAUUUGUGGUCACCUUCCCUGUUCUGUCCACUAAUUUUGAUUCUCAGUGCCGUGUUCGUCUCCAAGGCAAAGGACACAUAUAGAACAUUCGACGCACAAGUCAGAGCGGGGGAGGCUUGUUCUCCGUCGACGUCGGCGUUUUUUUCUGGCCCUCGAUUUCACGUACAGAACAUAUCCCCCUCGUGUGAGUGACUUCCGCCAAACUUCCAGACGGAAAGGACACCGCGAAAAGCAGUCUUGCAUCUGUGUAUAUAGUUUUAAUGGUGCCUAAACGGUAAAGAGUCAGCCGUUUUGUCCAUGUGCUUUGUGUCUCGCUACGUGCGUACAAGCCGUUCGACACGCAGUCCUUUUUGUGAUGCCGCUCUCCCAGAACAGAAUUUCUCCUUCAUCGGUGUGACUCUGCGGUGACUACCCAUUGACGAAGUUUGUGGAGGAUGGCUUUUUUCGGAUGGAGGGAGGAGACAAGUUUCUCGGAGGGGCCCAUCUCGCCUGACGCAGCUGCUGAGGCAGAGAUAUUGAGUCCCCUCAUUUUACCAAGCAGAGCCACUUCGCUGGGCGGGCCGACAGACGAGGAGCCCGAUGAGAAAAGUGUUCCUCAAAUCUGCAGAGAAGAGAUCUUUCGCCGCCGUGCUCGAAAGAAUGCUCUCGUCACAGUCGGAACAGGGCUCUGCAGCUCCAUCAUCAUUUCCGCCGUGCUCUAUGGAUUGACAGCUUUGCUUCGUGUCCCGCUCCACAUUUGGAUGCUGUGCAUCCAGGCCACGGAGAACACGCUCCUCGUCGCGGUGCCCUGUGCCUGUCUCGUAUGGCGCUUUGCCAUUUGGACACAAGGCGAUGAUCUGAUAGAAAUUCGAGAGCGAGAGAAGUCGAAAGAUGGGAAAGCGUCCUUCUGCUUGUCGUUGAUCGAGGUGGGCCUCGGCAUCUAUGUGUUUGCGGAGGCACACUUCCGGCACCGAAUUGGCAAUCGAGGCAUGGUGAACUUGAUGGAGUUUCGAACAACCAUGAUCAUCAUGGCGGCAUGCGCACUCGCGAGUGCUCUGUUAUUCGUCCUUCAUGGCCUUUGCGCCUGUGUGUUUUCCGCACAGCUCAACAGCGGCUCUCUGAAGCGUGGAGCGGGUUGUUUCUUCGUCGCGGCGUUCCUUAACCUUGUUACGGCUGUCGAGAUGUUCCGUCGCCUUGCAAAGUGGAGUACGCGGGCGCCUCGAUUUCAAUGUGACAAUUUUUCGGUCUAUGUGACUAUCUUCGCUGGAAGCUGCCUUCUUGUGGACGGCCUCUUUAGUUUAAUUGCCGUGGCUGUUCGGAGGUCCCCUGAAAGCGAGAUGGAUAAGUAAAGCUGGCGUGGAGGACCAGAACUGAAGCCCUCGUUUCGGCAAUACAGGUGACAAGCUGGCUUUGUUAUGACAGUCUUUGUUGAAGCUUAUUGACGUCACGCUUGGACUUCACUGAAGUAUGGCUUCGUUCAGCCAGGGAGCAACCUUUAGCGAAAGCUGGGAAGCUUGUUAGGAGACGAGCCUUUACAUUCCAAAAUCAUGGCCGAAGACCAGGGUCCGCGUGCUGUCUUCGAUCUGCCGCUGGGAGGUGACGGUGUUACUUGGAUCGCAAGAUGGGAUCGGAGCUGCACUGGGCGUGAACAGAAGAACAAAAUUCAGAAGGUAACUAACAAAGGUAGCCCCUGUAGUCGUGAUUUUGCAAAUGUCAGGCGUGUAAGUUACGUGGUGCCAUUCUGCAUACUCUCUUCCGGCAUGUCCUUCCACGAUGAUCGAAUCUGGUGAUAAUACGGGUCAGAGAGUUUGCUCCAGCUAAGACAGCGAAAUGAAGUGUCAAUUCGCGGCUAAGUGGAGAAACUCAAGGAGAAAUUCCCACCCACUGUUUUAACCGCCUUUGAGUAGUGGCAGUCAUGACUUUCCCCGUUUGUUAAGCUUCGACCUCUCGAAUCAAAACGGGCACUCGUGUUCCACUACCAAGGAUAUUUCCGCAGCGGGGGUAUCAGCUUCCAGCUGCAGUUCGCGUUUUCAUGCUGUACGCUACCACACCAAGACUUCUGCAUCUAAUGAAUACUACACAGUCACACGGACGUAAAUUCCGUAUAAUGUUAUCUGUGCAUCCCAAGAGGCAUCCGAACUACGCACGAAGAAUACUUAAGAUGCCGAAUAUUGCGACUGCCAUGUCGCCCGUUCUGCCCGCA